GUACUGGAGGCUUUACCUGUUGACGUUGGUAUUGGGAAUUGGGGGAUCAUUUCAAUUGGGGAUGCAAGUUUCCAUCAUGGCUUCUCCAGCUGAGCACAUCCAGAGCUUUGUGAACCAGACCUGGCUGAGGAGGUAUGAGGUUCCAGUAAGCGAUUCAACCAACAUGCUCAUCUGGUCUUUCAUAGUGUCUGUGUUCAGCCUGGGAGGAUGGGUCGGGGCUAUACACAGUGGCAGCCUCCCUGUCACCUACGGCAGGAAGAAAGUCCUGCUGUUCAACAACAUAGUGGCCCUCGUAGCCGCUGUACUGAUGGUCUUCAGUCCCAUGGCCAAGUCCUUUGAGAUGAUCCUGCUGGGCAGAUUUCUCUAUGGAUAUAAUGCUGGCCUGGGGUGGAACGUGCAACUGAUGUAUCUGGGCGAGAGUUCACCCAAGAUGCUGAGAGGAUUCCUGACCAUCACCAUCAACAUCUUCAGUAGCCUGGGGAAAGUCACGGGUCAGAUUGUUGGAAUCAAGGAGCUGAUGGGUACCGAAGACAUGUGGCCCUGGCUCAUGGCCCUUAGUGGCCUACCUGCCAUCCUCCAAUUUGUGACCUUGUUGUUCUUCCCUGAGGCUCCCCGCUAUCUAUACAUCGACAAGGGAGACACUGAGGGAUGCAGAAAAGCCCUGCACUGGCUGUGGCAGGAAGAUGACCUGCAGAUGGAGAUGGAUGAAAUGGGGAAGGAGAGAGCGAGCAUGCAGGGCCAGAAUGUUAAGACCAUUUGGGAUGUGCUGACUUCUCGCUGUGUCAGGUGGCAGCUGUUGGUUCUGGUCAUCCCCUGUGCCAGCGUUCAGUUCUGUGGGUUUAACGCGAUUUAUUUCUACGCUUUUGACAUCUUCCGUGAGGCUGGAGUAGCAGAGGACAAGAUGCAUUACCUGUCCAUUGGCAUCGGAACAACAGAUCUCAUCACCAUCAUUCUCUGUUCUCUGUUGAUCGACCACGCGGGCAGGAAGAUGCUGAUGGGCUAUGGCUACCUGUUGAUGGGAGUCAUCAUGUCCAUCCUGAUUGUUAUGCUGUCUAUCAAGGACCUGUACUCAUGGGUCCCGUAUGCUAACAUCGCCCUCAUCUUCUCUGUCGUCUGCAUUUAUGGACUAGGACCUUCUGGAAUAGCCAGCAUCCUCCUUGCAGAUAUCUUCCUGCAGGCCUGGAGACCGUCCGCUUACGUCAUUAGCGGCUCCAUCAACUGGUUAAGCCUGUUCUUGAUUGGAAUGUUCUUCCCCUUCCUAGUGGAUGGACUGGGUCAGUUCUGCUUCCUGAUCUUUGUAGCAUACUGCCUCUUCAGCGCAGUGUUUGUACUCUACUUCAUCCCAGAGACCAAAGGCAAGGGCAUGGUGGAGAUCAUGGAGGACUUUAACAAACUCAACUACAAGAACAGGGGAACAGACACGGAAAAGGCUGACUUUGUUAUGGCAACGAAAUUUUAAAGAAAUGUAUUGAGUGGCUUGAGCGAUAUUGGUACACUCUUAGAAAAAAAGGGUUCCAAAAGGGUUCUUCGGUUAUCCCCAUAGGAGCACCCUUUUUGGUUCCAGGUAGAACCCUCUGUGGACAGGGUUAUGUUUGGAUAGAAGUGUUAAGAGAUGUACUUUGUUUAGUUGUUAUUUUGAAUGUGGCUUUACAGCAAAAAAAUCUGUCAUAACUCUGUUCUUACAUUCUAGUCAGGGGUCCUAUAUAGGGCUGUGGUGGUCAUGAAAUUUUGUCAGCAGAUGAUUGUCAAGCAAAUAACUACCGGUCUCAGGGUAAUUGACCGUUAAUGAACAUAAAUACAUUUAGCAUCUCCUGGCUUCCACUCAUAGCCUACAAGCCUAAUGCAAACCUUUGGAACAUCUACAUUUAAUAAAGUCUAAUAAAUCCAUGUAAUAUUGCCCACACCAUCACAAUAAAUAGAAAAUGUAGUCUAUUUCAGAGGAACAGAAUAGCAUACUCUGAGUUGUCCUUUUGUUAGGCCCUGAUCUGGCUAUGCCUUUAUUGCUGUGGGUUACACUAGUUCAUUUAGCAGACAAGAUUUGCUUAGAAUUCCGUGGAAUUAUUCUAUAUUAUUUCAUAGUAUGAAGAAUAAAAUUGAACAUAGCUGAAUAAAAUAGAAAUUAUAUUUUCUCCAAAGGAUUUGAGGGAGUGUGCACAUGUGGCUAUUCUGUGUUGAGUGCUUAAGGAAACAGCUACUCCUAUAUGCUUACUUUAGAGUUAUUUAUGUUGAACUAUUCUGUGCGAGUUAUAAAUAUUCCAAACAUAGUCUGAGACAGUUGUGGGAUACGAUAGAUCCCAAAUGAAUACAACCACUAUCAUAAAAAAAAAACUGUUUUAAGCUAUGAGCCUGACGCAACAGAUGAGAACGUUAAGUUUAAAAGGUUGAUAAACGAUUGGGUUAUUUCUUCACAUUAUAAGCGCAGCAAUGUUUUUGCUAUCCAGGUCAAAGGGAAAGCUCGACUGCUGUUACAUGUGUCAUAGGGUUAUCAUACAUAUAUGGUGGAUGAUGUUGUAACAACAAAAAAACAAAAAAAACAAUCUAUAGCUACUGUAUGUUGAGAGAGUAUUCUACUGUAUUUCUAGAUCAUUUCAUAAAGCUAUAUUGGCAAAUGAUCCAACUGUUGUUUUGAAUGGUGUGUAACAUUGAAUUGUUUAGAACAGAUUGUGAUAAUAAAUGAUGUAUCCUUUUGUUAGAUUGGAAAAUCAAUGAUCGAAGUUAAUAAAUGUCUACAGGCUUUCAA